GCUUCAGUGAACAAGCGUAAAGAAAUGAGGUCGAGGCUCGGGUGGAAAGUUCACCUAAGCCUGGCCGGGGGCAUAGUAGCGUCUCGACAUAUAUCUACCACCAGUCACCUCAUCUUCAGGGACUACCUGUUUACAAUCCCUGGCAAGGAAAGGUCAUUCGCAAUCGUAAGUUUUAUUAAGUAUCUUCAUAUUUUCUACAGACGGAAAAUUAUUAAGUUUUUUGACAACAAUUUCCGUUUUAAGGUGGCUUGACCAGUGAGCUCGGUAGUAGUUAUAUGGCUUGGUAAUAGAAAACUAAUUAACAGCGCAUGAAUUGCCCUGAUGGUUGGCAAAGUUCUUGCUUUUAGAGACAUUUCCGCUGUUUAAACAUAAGUUAAGAAUUUCCACGGAACAAAACUAAGUUAAAAAAAGCAAACAAACAAACUUGCCAUCUCAGGAUGCCAGGCUGAGUAAACAAUGGGCUUUAGUCCCAUGUUGAUAAGACUUGCUACUAAAAUGCCAAACACAAGUACAGGAGACACAUAUCGCCAGGUAAUCUUCCAAUACAGACCGGGACGACUCCCUAACAUGUACUCGAUGUCAUCCUCAAAUCUGCCACGGAUAAAAAGACAUUACGAAUAACACUUACAUUUUCCUUUGCAGUUCUUAUCUUGUAACUGUCUCUGUGAGCCGGCUAUGGAAACGACAAUUGGGGCCGCGAAAACUUUAGUAAUGGAUUUCAUUUUCCAAUCGGAUCUAAUUUAAAACACAUUUAAAUAGUUAAAUAGAAACU